UUCGCGUGCUUAUAUCCCCCGAGGUUUCUACUUUCGUAUACUUCCCUGCGCGCUUCUCGUGUGUGUGCAGUGCGUGGCCAGUCCUCCCCAUAGCGAUUGCAGCUAUACCUACUUGGCUUUGUGAAUGAACGAGAGUCGUCGUCGAUGCACCAGUGCGCAGCUUCGUCGUUGCUUCCAGACUUUUGCGCGAGACUUUUUUCAUAAUCCGUACGUUUUUUGAGCACGAGAUAUCGGCGACUCUGGCCGAUCGCUCGAAAGCUCGGCUGGGGCGAUAGAACAAAGCUCGACGAGGAUGGCUCCGCUAUCGACUUGGUGCUUCAUAUUUUCUCUGAUUCUACUUCUUCAUGGUAUCCAGGAAGCUUCGAGCGUGGAUGAGGAGAAGGGUGACGAAGAGGACUACCUGGAGAAAUGCUGCGGCUUAGGAAGCUCCUGGGCCAACGAGAAAUUGCGCUGCGAACGUUUUUCCGGACCGGUGGCCGGCGUGCCCGCGACCGAGCAGUCGGCUUGCCUCGAGACCAUCGACAUAUGCUGUCGGAAAAAAUUCCAAGAUGACGACUGCAAGCUGGGCAAGGCCGACGCCAAGGCCGGACUCGCGUGCACGCGCAGCGAGACGGGACCCCGACGAACGCCCGUGGGCCUCGGGGAUUUUCGCCGCGACUGCUGCGAGGGCUGCAAGCUCGGUAUCGCGGCUGGUACGAGCGGCAAAACGUGCGGCUUAAAAAAAAUCAAUCUCGGCAUCCCGUGGGACCCGGCCUUCACCGAGUGCUGCAACGAAGCCGCAAUGACGAGCACGAGCCAGAAACAGGAGACGAGCCCGACAACGGCCAUCAUGAGCUCGACGGUCGUCUCGACUAGCCAGGCAGCGGACUCGGACGAGCUCGAGAGCAUCAUCGACGAGCUCAACGAUCCGAAUCUCAAUUUCAACUUGACGGUCGACCUGUGCGAGUUGAUGGGCAGCCUACUGUGCUCGGAGACGUGCGUCCCUACGCCCGGCUCGUACUACUGCAAUUGCAGCGCGGGCUCGACCUUGCAGGCCGACGGCAGAACUUGUCUUCCGGACGUAACGAGCACGGUGACUCCAAGGAGCACCGUCUCACCGUCGACGACGACGACCAUCGCCACCAAGGUGACCAGCAGCAGCAGCACGACACCGGUAAAAAAGAGUCCCCCAACGGCAAAAGCGAAGACGAGCAAGCCCACCAAGGCCACGGCCAGGAGUACGCUCAAAGUAUCGUCGAGCGUCACGAGGCCGAGAACGACGAGGUCACUGUCAACCGAGCCCAACGAGCACAACUCCCUCUGCCCCAGUGGAUACCGCUUCACUUCCAGCGAAAUCUGCGAUGACAUCGACGAGUGCAGCGAAGGCCCGACAAAUCCCUGCCCGCCGAGCAGCAUGUGCUUCAACACCAAGGGCUCCUUCAGGUGCUUCAGCAUCAGUCUGGGCAACAACUCGGCCGAUCGCUGCGAGCUUGGCUAUCGAUGGGACGACGCGCUCGAGCAAUGUCUCGAUAUCGAUGAAUGCGCCGAGAACAUCCACAAAUGCCUCAUCGAUGGCGAGAUUUGCAAGAAUCUCGAUGGCAGCUACGAGUGUGAAAUAGUAUGUGAAAAAGGAUACUCGUUCGACAGUACUUACGGGGCUUGUCUGGACAUAGACGAGUGCGUCGAGCUGAUCAACGUCUGUUUGCGGCCCGACACCGUCUGCGUCAAUACAUUGGGCGGUUACGAGUGCGUCAAAGUCCGAGACUACAAUCAGCUGAACGAGCCCAAUCUGUUCGCCAGCAACGGGACGGACUACGGCAGAUCCGGCUUCGACUACGAGGACCUCCUCGAGGAAGAAGAUAUCGACGAGUGCCAAAUACACGAGCAGCCCUGCGCACCGGAGGAGGUCUGCCGCAACACCGUGGCCGGCUACGACUGCAUCCCGAUCGGCUGCCCCAAGGGCUUCGCCAUGGCCGAGGACCAGACCUGCCGCGACGUCGACGAGUGCCGCGAGAAUUUGCACUCGUGCGCGGAAAACGAGCGAUGCCAGAACACCAACGGCUCGUUCACUUGCGAGCAGCCUCGAUCGACCCCCGCGCCGACGACCGCCGAGCCCCCGAAAAUCUACUGCCGCAAGGGUUUCAAGGCCAAUCCAGCGAGGCAGCGAAACCACAGCGAAGCGGCCUCGAGCUCGGAGCUCUGCGUUGACGUGGACGAGUGCCUCGAGGGUCCCGGCUGCCGCGAGCACGAGAAGUGCAGCAACCUGCUGGGCAGCUACGAGUGCUCGCCCCUCUGCGGGCCCGGCUGGUUCUUCCAGCCCCAGAGCAAGUCCUGCCAGGACGUGGACGAGUGCCUUCUGGGCCACCACAACUGUCGGCGCUCGCAGUACUGCGUCAACAGGCCGGGCGGCUUCGGCUGCGAGCCGCUGGGCAGCUGCGCCGCGGGCUACCGUCGCCUCCAGAACGGCAGCUGCGUCGACGUGGACGAGUGCCUCGAGGGCCUGCACACGUGCUCGCGCGACUCCCACCGCUACUGCGUGAACCGCGACGGCGGCUACGAGUGCAUCACGCGGCUGCCCUCCUGCCCUCGGGGCUACGAGUACUCGCUGCUGAGCCGCCAGUGCCAGGACGUGGACGAGUGCCGACAGGCCCGGGCGAGCUGCGACCCGCGCGCCGAGCGCUGCCUCAAUCUGCCCGGCGGCUACAGGUGCGAGCGCCUGCCCAACGACCCCAACAGGCCCGGACACCGCAAGCGGCCCGCCUGCCCCAACGGCCUGGUCUACGAGCCCGAGCUCAGGAAGUGUUCAGAUAUCGACGAGUGCGCCGAGGGAACGCACAACUGCGGCAAAGAGAGAUGCUACAAUUUGCCGGGCAGCUUUCAGUGUGCCAAAGCCGUCGUGCGGCCCGUGAGGAAGAGAAUCACCCCGACGACACGUAUGAGCGAGCUAACGACCGACUCGCAGAUCCAAUCGACGACCGAGAGCCACUACUGCGACUACGGUUACAAGUACAACGCGACGAUCGGCAGCUGCGUCGACGUGGACGAGUGCGUGGAGAGGAAGGAGGUGUGCAGCCCCACUACGGAGGAGUGCGAGAACAGCCAGGGCGGCUACAGCUGCCGCUGCAAGACGGGCUUCAGGCGCGACAACGAGACCAAGGCCUGUCUGGACAUCAACGAGUGCCUGCUCCAGAACGCCUGCAACACGUCGCAGCGCUGCGACAACACCAUCGGCAGCUACACCUGCAUCCGGUUUCUGCCCUGCGGCACCGGCUACACCCUCAACGCCGCCACGGAGCACUGCGAGGACGACGACGAGUGCGUCAUGGGCACCCACGACUGCUCGCCCGGCUACAGGUGCAGAAACACCCUCGGCAGCUUCAGGUGCGACAAGGACAGGAGCGUCAAGCCGACCAGUCGCAGGCCCGUCGUCGUCCGGCCCCCCUUCCUCACCACUCCGAGGCCUACGAUGACGCCCAGAAUUACAACGAAAGCCGUUACGACCUCGACUACCUCGUCCCCGAUGAGGACCAGCACCAAAGCUACAGUCACCCCAAAAAUCAACUCCAACAGUACGCUGGCUCCUAAAAUGGAAACAACUACACCAAGGCCAAAGGAAGUACCGGAUAAAAAAGCAACCAAGCCAGUGUCAAAGACUAAACCUUCGUCAACUCCAUUCACCCCUUUCUCAUCGAAUACAUCCACUCCAAGACCGAGACCAAAGUGUCCACCAGGUUUUGAAACGGGCCCGAUUGGUCAGUGCAUGGACGUUGACGAAUGUCAGCAAAAUCCCAGAGUGUGCGGCUCUCGUAAAUGUAUCAACACAAUUGGAUCAUUCAAUUGCGAUGGUCCGGUGAUAAUUUGCCCACCCGGUUACGCGCCGGAUUUCCUUUCUGGACGUUGCAAGGAUACCGACGAAUGUCUGCAAGGUACGCACAAAUGCGGAGAGCAGCAAACCUGCGAAAACAGGCCUGGAGGCUACGUGUGCUACUGUCCACGAGGCUACGAGGUGAGAAAUCGCGACUGCAUCGACGUGAACGAGUGCGAACGAGGUCGGCCCUGCGGCUCGAGCAAGUGCCUCAACACGCCGGGCUCGUACAGGUGCCUGUGCGAGGCCGGCUUCGAGAACGACGCCUCGGGCGCCUGCCAGGACAUCGACGAGUGCUCCCGCGAUCCCGGCAGCUGCCAGCACGAGUGCUACAACACCUGGGGCGGCUAUCGCUGCGGCUGCAAGUACGGCUACCGGCUCAAGCCCGACAAUCGGACCUGCGUCGACGUCGACGAGUGCGCCGAGAACAAGGGCCUCUGCCACGGCAUCUGCGACAACACCCCGGGCAGCUACAGGUGCACUUGCCCGAAGGGAUACCUGCUCGAGACCGAUGGCCAUACCUGCACAGAUAUCGACGAAUGCAAACAGGAAAACGUUUGCAAAAAUCCCGGCGAGCUGUGCCAGAAUCUUCGGGGAGGUCACAGGUGCAACAAGAUCGACUGUCCCGCUGGUUACAUCAUCGACAAGAACCGAAAAAACCGGUGCAUCCGAGAGACACCCUACUGCUCGGUGCACGACAAGGCCUGCUUCCAGCGACCGGCGCACUACACCUACAAUUACAUCGCCAUCGUGUCCAUGUUCCCGAUCCCGGUGUCGACGAAUCAGGUCGAGCUGUUCACCAUGCGAGGCGCCUACAACCUGCCCGGGGCGACGAUGCAGUUCAGCAUAGCGUUCAUUCAGGCGCGCGCGCCCCCGCACGUGCAGCCGGCCACCGAGUCGUACUUCGCUCUGCGCAGGCCCUUCCCGACCCAGGCCGUCCUCGUCAUGACCAAGAGUCUGCAGGGCCCGCAGGACAUCGAGCUCGAGUUCGCCAUGGAGAUUUACGCGCCCAACGGCUCGUUCGCCGGCAGCGCCAUCGCCAGGAUCUUCAUCGUCGUGUCGCAAUACGAAUUUUAAAUCUGCUCCGUUUGUUCGAUCCUUCCCAUACACCUCUUUGUACAUGGAAUCGCACUUACUCGCGCACGCAACGACUUGGCGAUCGUUUUU